AUGUGGUCCCAGGACAAGAAAUUACUGAUUUUUAUCUUUGAUGAUUCAUAUGAUUCUCUUUCGGAGCUAAAAAGAGAUGAGAAUGAGUCUGAUGGAGCACUUGCAUCCAUUCUUAAGGAACUUGUUGAAAAUCUGGAUGCUACUCUUGUUAGAGAUGUGAGGCAGACACUGAAAACAGCUCUUGGGGAUAUCCUUAAGGAAUGUAAAAUUGUAUUCAGCAAAGUUACCUCUCAAUUCACGCCUGAAAAUGACCCUCCUUGGAAGAUAGCUGAGGAGUUGGGAGCCACAUGUUCUACGAAACUUGACUCAUCGGUGACACAUGUGGUCUCAAGAAAGGGUAGGAAUGGGAAGACGGCCUUUGAUGCACAAAAAAUUUUUGGUCCAUCCAAGUUGCACGGAUUGACACUGCCAAUUAUUUGUGGCGAAAGCAGCCCGAAGAGAAUUUCCUGUCCACCAAUCAAAGGGUAA